GGUCCCAUCACUGCUGACCCUCUGACCGCUUGCGCCUCGGGUCCUGGCGGCCUGACAAGGAGGCGACCCGUCCGAGCAGGUCCUGGAGAGGCCUGCUUUAGAGCUGGUCAAUUCUGCAAGGAAGGAAAGAAGGAGGAUACUGGUUCAAACCUCUGGAGGACUGCCGGCAGGUCUACUGUGGGGCUUGACACUGCUGAAAGCAGGGAAAAGAAGGAGGACUCACACCAGCCAGAUUGGAGCAAGUUGAUCCAUCGCUAGUGGCAUCUCUGGUGGUGGUGGAGUUACUGCUGGUCACCACUCUCAACAGGUCUGCACCCACCCAAGAAUGAUUCAUCCUUCCCCAGCCUGGUUGUACUUCCUCUGAACAUUGUUUUGUUGACAGAGACUGUCCUUGGAAAGGAACCUGAUUGACUGCUGGACUGCAGAUUGACUUUAACACUUGCUUCCUUUAUAUUCUGAAUCAGCUGACGAUCACAGGGUGAAUUUCCAAGCCUGUGAUAGGUCUGUGGCUAAGGCUGAGACUGUGUAGGGGUAGAUACUGGACCUCCUGUGUAACUGAGACCAUGACUGGGGCAGAGAUUGAGCCUUGUACCCAGGCAAAGUCUGCAAAGAAGGCUGGGGAAGAGAUUGGGGGACGGGCAGAAAGGGAGACUGAAAUCCCUCUGGUGGUCAGACCCAAGGUGAGAACCCAAACCCAGGUAAUGACUGGAGUACAGCCCCAAAGUGAGGCCAAAGCAAUGACUGGAGCAAGACCCAAGGGUGAGGCUCAGACAAUGUCUGGGGCACGGCCUAAAACUGAAGCCAUGGCACUAGCUGGAGCACGGCCCAAAACUGAGGCCAAGGUAAUGGCUGGGGCACGUCCCAAAACUGAGGCCAUGACAAUGGCUGGGGCACGGCCCAGAACUGAGGCCAUGGCAAUGACUGGGGCACGGCCCAAGACAGAGACCUUGGCAAUGGCUGGGGCAUGGCCCCAAACUGAGUCCAUGGCACUGGCUGGGGCACGGCCCAAGACUGAGGUCCCAGCAAUCGCUGGGGCACGGCCUAAGACUGAGUCUAAGGCAAUGGCUGGGGCAAGGCCCAAGGAUGAAAUCCAGGCAUGGUCCCAGACUGAGUUUGGGGCUGAGGCCGGGGCUGAGACAGAAGAAGUGACCCCAGCCAAUGUUGUGACCUGGCCACUUGUCAGUUCUGAGUCUAGGCCAAUCGCUAGAACUAAGACAUUGUCUGUAGAUCGGGAGCUGGUUGAUGUGGAGAAUGAGUCCUUAUCUGGCACAAAUGUACAGGCUGGAAUACAGCCCUGGUUUGGGUCAGGGGAGGAGAGUAAUAUGGGGUCUUGGUGCUAUCCCAGGCCAAGAGCCAAACAAGAGACCUCAGAUGAAUCUGGAUUCUGGUCAGCAGAUGAGACUUCUACAGUGCCUUCUUUCUGGACAGGGGAAGAGACAAAUCUAAGAUCAUGGCCCAAGGAUGAGGCAAAUUCCAGGUCCAGGCACAGGGCUAAACAACAGACCAAUACCCGGUCCAGACCCAGAAUAAAACAAGGGCCCUUUAUUGAUUCUAGGUCUGGGUCUGAGGAUGAGACUGGCAAUCUUUAUUGCCUCUGGGCUGGAGAAAAUACCAAUACCUCGUACAGGCCCAGCGCCAGGGAAGAAGCAAAUAUCAGGCCCAAACCUAGGUCAAAGAGAGAGGACAAUUUUGAAUCUGGAUCUGAAGAUGAAUUCCACAAGGAGUCCUGGUUUUUGCCUGAAGAGUCCAAUAGUAUAUUCAGGCCAAGAGACAAGAAAGAGUCAAAAAGCAGUUCAAAUCCCAGGGCCCAUAAAGAUGGAAACAACAGAGACAGGGUCAAACAAGAGCUAAGGCCUGAGGAAGAGGUCAUUAUUGGUUCUUGGUUCUGGGCAGAAAAAGAGGCCAGUAUGGAGGCUGGGGCUGGGGCCAGCUAUGAAUCCAUGCCAGGGGCUAAGGAAGGGGCCAUUUUGGGAUCUUUAUUAUGGACUGAAGAUGAGGCCAGUAUGGGUGCUGGGGCCAGAGAAGAGGCCAGGCCAGAAUCUGAAGAAGAGGCCAUAUUUGGGUCCUGGUUCUGGGACAGAGAUGAGGCCUGCUUUGACCUAAACCCAAGCCCUGUGUGCAGGGCCAGUUGCCGGUUCCAUGGUUUGGCUGAGCAGGAAAUUGAUGUUCCAUCCAGGCCUCCAAGCUGGGAAGAGGUCACUGCGGAAUUCAAGCCUCUUCCUUGCCAUGAGCUUGGCUUCCCAUCUCUAAGCCCCUUUAGAAUUCCUGAAGAAGCAAUAUCUGAACUCUCUGAAAUGAUGGAAGGAAACCUCAAGCAAAUGGAACUGAGCCCAGAAGGGGAAGAGCAGGAAUGCUUGCAUCAGCCUAGUCAGGAUGAUCCUGACCCUAGGUUCCCAUUUCAAUAUCAGCCUUCCUACUUGUCAGUAGAGGAAAUUCGGCAGCAUCUUAAGACCAAGAAGAGUGCAGAGCCCGGGAAUUGGUUGUGUAAGUGCGUGCAAUGUGAGCUUGGGAUUGGUUCUGAAGAGUUUGAAGAACUACUUUUAUUGAGGGACAAAACUCAAGAUCCUUUCAUUCAUGAAAUCUCUAAAAUCGCAAUGGGUACAAAAAGUGCUUCUCAGUUUACCCGAGAUUUCAUUCGAGAUGCAGGUGUUGUCUCGCUAAUUGAAACCUUAUUCAAUUAUCCUUCCUCUCGAGGGAAGACGACGUUUUUAGAAAACCUGGUUCACACGACUCCACUGCAUGCAAAUCAAACUAUGGUUGAGACCUUCAUUUGUCAAGUCUGUGAGGAAACCCUCGCUCAUAACUUAGAUUCCCCUGAGCAGUUGUCUGGAAUAAAGAUGAUUAGAGACCUCACCACUACUACUGACUAUCACACACUGGUGGCCAUUUAUGUGCCAGGGUUUCUGUCCUUAUUAGCUACGGGCAAUAGGGAAACAAAGUUUCACAUUCUGAAAAUGUUACUGAAUUUUUCGGAAAAUCCUAAUGUGGCAAAAAGCAUAUUCAGUGCCAAAGCUCUAUCAAUAUUUAUAGGUCUCUUUAACAUAAAAGAGACCAAUGAUAAUAUUGAAAUUCUUAUUAAAAUGUUUCAGAAUAUCAGUAAUCAUAUAAAAAAGGGAGUGAUGUCCUCAAUCAAUGAUGAUUUUAGUCUUGAGCCAUUUGUUUCUGCAUUCCAUGAAUUUGAGACCUUAGAUAAGGAAUUACAAGCCCAAAUGAACAACCAGAAAGGUCGUAAGGUGGGAAAAUGAAGUUAGGACAGUUGACAAUCUGCAUCAGAUCGGCCUUAUAUUCCCAAAGAACACUGAGUAGUGCUUUGGAUUUUCACAGUUUGGUUGAUGUCAUACGUUGUAUUUUUAAUGCUGUUGUUAACUUCGUAUAGCUCUUGGUUUGAACUGGAUCACUUCAUCAUUGCCAAAUGACUAUGAGAACUGAAAAUGCAUUUGUUGUUAAUCAUCUUGCUGUCCACCUUGCAGUAUUUUUCAGUAUUGAGCUUGUAGUGAACUAAGUCACCUAAGCUGUUCUCUUGUCGUUUGAAUGUCAUUUGAGUACAGUUGUGUUUUCAAUAAAGUUCGGUGUCAAAAAGA